AUGGAGAACUGGCUGAAGAAAGUUGGGGCGACAGGCCUGGAUGACCUGGAGCUUGCCGAUUUUCCGGUCACUGGGCGCGGUGCUAGAACACUACGGCGUUUCAAGCGAGGAGAAAGGAUUCUCACCAUUCCUAGCGACUGCCUCUGGACAGUCGAGCAUGCAUAUGCAGAUCCUCUUCUUGGGCCAGUCCUUCGCUCUACACAGCCGCCAUUGUCCGUCGAAGAUACCUUAGCUAUCUAUCUCCUUUUUGUACGAUCGCGCGAGUCUGGAUAUGAUGGCCCACGAAGUCAUGUGGCGGCGUUACCCGCGAGCUACUCUUCAAGCAUCUUCUUUGAGAAUGAUGAGUUGGAGGUUUGCGCAGGGACUUCACUAUAUACCAUCACGAAGCAGCUAGAACAGAGAAUUGAGGACGAUUACAGGGGACUAGUCAUGCGAGUUCUUGGACUGCACCCGGAUCUUUUCCCACUCGACAAAUUUACUAUCGCAGAUUACAAAUGGGCUCUCUGCAGCUUCUGGAGUCGUGCGAUGGAUUUCGUACUGCCGGAUGGGAAAUCGCUCCGAGUUUUGGCGCCCUUCGCAGAUAUGUUAAACCACUCGCCUGAUGUUGUGCAGUGCCACGCCUAUGAUCCCCUGUCUGGGAGCCUCUCUGUCCUUGCGGGGAAGGACUAUGAAGUUGGAGACCAAGUUUCCAUCUUCUACGGAUCUAUUCCAAAUAAUCGUCUUUUACGUCUCUAUGGCUUUGUCAUGCCCGAUAACCCUAACGACAGCUAUGACCUCGUUCUUUCAACACAUCCUAUGGCCCCCUUUUAUGAGCAAAAACAGAAGCUGUGGGCAUUAGCCGGGCUCGAUUCGAUCUCUACCAUCUCCCUUACACUCACUGAUCCUCUACCGAAACAUGUCCUUCAAUAUCUUCGUAUUCAGCGGUUGGAUGAAUCAGACCUUGCUGCCAUAGCGCUUCGGAAACUCGAUACAAGUGCGAAAAUCAGCGAUUCAAAGGAAAUAGAAAUCUUGCGAUUCAUAGUAGAGUCGAUUGGAAGUCUUUUGGAUAGCUUCGAGAUUCGGUUGGAAAAGCUACAAGAACAACUCGCGGAGGGUGUAUAUCCUCUGGGGGGGAACGCAUGGGCGGCGGCGCACGGGGAAAGGGAAAGGAAGCAGUUUAUCAUCACCGCCGGCUCGAUGCGCAAAUUGUGGAAAGGAUUCUGUGCCGUUGAUGUUGUGCGGGAGGUGUAA